GUGACAGUAGCACCACUCUGAACCUAGAGCGAGUAUUCAUUUGGUCAAUACAGCAACAGUUUAGGGAUGUGGAAAGCGGCCAAACUCUGGGAGUCAAGAAUAGUCAUGCGAUCAAAUGUAGUUUUGUGUGAAAGCUCUUUACUGUUAUAGGAGGCACCACUCAGAGAUACUCGUUUACAUCACUGUGGGUUUGGAACAUUUCAACUAUUCGCGAGUGGAAUCGGUGCGUUAGUGUGUAUUUUGACGACAUGCGGUUACUCACUCCCGCUGUCAGCACUGUAUUGGUGAACAAAGGCUGAUUUCUCGAUGACAGCACUUCUAGUAAACAUUAGCCGCUAUAGACUUCAAAAAGGCGAAAGAUGUUGCAGCUUUUGCUGCUUGCGGCUAGGAGUAUUACCAACACCAGUUCACCCUGUUUCGCUCAAUCUAGAAAUAGAAGAAAAACAACGCCAGCUCCCGCACACACCAGUUUGCUGAUCGGAACGGUUUAAAUAUGCCAUACCGGGAAAAUCCACGGCAACAAUACUAACGUCAACAUUACGUCACCGAAGCAAAAAGCAUGCGCUAAUCGAAACUCGCGCGUAUACAGGCGCAAAAGCACUACCGAUCUCCAAUUACUGAUCGAAGAAACAGCGACGGAGAACUCGUAACUCUGACUGAAAAAAAAAGAGUUAUUCGCUCGUCAAGUUCAAGCGGAAUGAACCGCCGAAAUUUAAUUCGUUAGUGGGGAUUUGCUUAAAUUGCUCGUAAUAUAGUAAACGUCAUGUGCACGUGUGCGUGAUGUGCGUUGGUAAAUCUAUGUACACAGUUUGCCGCACAGUUGUUAUGUUUGUCAUGGGUGGCACCAGCAGUAUUGCUAGUGUCGUUUGUUCGGAGAUGUGCAAGCUGAAAAAAAUCAGUGAUAAUUAGGUGCAUUGAUUGUUUACCCAAAAUGAAUCCGUUGGAUGAGAAGAAAGCAAAAAAUAAUGCGAAUAGUAAGAAGAAAAUAGAAAAGGCAGCCUUCUAUCGUCGCAUAGUGUGGGAAUUGUGUUAGUAAACCGUGUCAAAUAAUGUUGCUUCAUUUCAGCAAACGUGUGUUUCGGAGAUAAACAAGUUGAAUAGCCGUGAAAUUCAAAAGUGUCAGAACAAGGAAUUUCAUUAAUUCUUAUAGAAGCAUAGUGUAAGUGAAACCAGCAAUAUAAUCGAAGAUAUAGAAGAAGCUUUCAAAAGCAACGCGGUAAAAUUAUACGCGUUCGGAGAGAGAAGAUCAAGUUGAAAAGCGCGCUCCACAACGACCAGCAGGAAUAGUGGCUGCAUGAAAUAGUGCUGGAAAAUUCAUCGAUACGAUUUCUUAUCAGAAAAAAAGGCACCCGCCGGCAGGCAUUUGAAGAACACGCGCGGCCGCUGUGUGCGUGCGCGUGUGUGUGCGUGUGGGUGCUUGUGUCCUUGUGCGCGCUUGUGAAUGUCUGUAUGUGUGUAAGUGAGACAGAUCCCAAACCAUAAUCGACAUCAUCAGUACCUUGGUUCGGGUUCGAUCUGACUCAGCUGUAAUUCGUCCCCGGUAGCAACAAAAAAUCAUCCUGCUCCAACCACAAACAACAAUCCACCGUUUAGCAACACAACUGCAAUAACAGACAAACAACAGCAACCGCGAGGCAGUGAUCGCAGCAACACGCGCCACAAUGUCGUCCGGAACAUUCGUCGAUCGGAUCGAUCCGUUCGCCAAACGUUCGCUCAAAAAGAAGGGUAAAAAAUCUCAGGGCUCAUCGCGGUACCGGAGUUCACAGGAUGUAGAACUUCAGCAGCUGCCGUCGCUAAAAGUGGACUGUUCCAGUUUAGAACAGGAGGAGCUGUUUAUCCGGAAGCUGCGGCAGUGCUGUGUCUCGUUCGACUUCAUGGACCCGCUGUCGGAUCUCAAGGGCAAGGAAAUCAAGCGGGCAGCACUGAACGACCUGUCGGCGUACAUCACACAUGGCCGUGGUGUGCUAACGGAGAACGUCUACCCGGAGAUUAUCAAAAUGAUAUCAGUGAAUCUGUUUCGAACACUCCCGCCUAGUGAAAACCCGGACUUCGAUCCGGAGGAGGAUGAUCCGACACUGGAAGCAUCAUGGCCCCACUUGCAGCUGGUGUACGAGGUGUUUCUACGCUUCCUAGAGUCAGCCGACUUCCAGGCGACGUUCGGCAAGAAGGUGAUUGACCAGAAGUUCGUUUUGCAGCUCCUGGAGCUGUUCGACUCCGAGGAUCCGAGAGAACGAGAUUUUUUGAAAACCGUAUUGCACCGUAUAUAUGGAAAAUUUCUAGGAUUACGUGCAUUUAUUCGUAAGCAAAUUAAUAACAUAUUUCUACAUUUUAUAUACGAAACGGAACAUUUCAACGGAGUCGGCGAACUACUGGAGAUUUUGGGGAGUAUAAUCAACGGCUUCGCCUUGCCGCUCAAAGCGGAGCACAAGCAGUUUCUGGUGAAGGUUCUGCUGCCGCUGCACAAGGUGAAAGUGUUAUCGCUGUACCACGCCCAACUCGCGUACUGCGUGGUUCAGUUUCUGGAGAAGGACGCCUCGCUGACGGAGCCAGUGGUACGCGGGCUGCUCAAGUUCUGGCCAAAGACCUGCUCCCAGAAGGAGGUGAUGUUCCUCGGUGAGAUCGAGGAGAUACUGGACGUUAUCGAACCGCCCCAGUUCGUGAAGAUUCAGGAACCGCUGUUCCGGCAGAUAGCCAAGUGUGUCUCGAGUCCACAUUUCCAGGUGGCCGAACGGGCACUCUACUUCUGGAACAAUGAGUAUGCGAUGUCGUUGAUUGAGGACAACAACGCCGUUAUUAUGCCGAUCAUGUUUCCGGCUCUGUACCGAAUUAGCAAAGAACAUUGGAACCAGACGAUCGUUGCCCUUGUCUAUAAUGUGCUGAAAACCUUCAUGGAGAUGAACUCAAAACUGUUCGAUGAGCUGACCGCCAGCUACAAAGCGGAGCGGCAGAAAGAAAAGAAGCGGGAACGGGAGCGAGAAGAACUCUGGAAGCGGCUACACGAACUAGAGAGCGCUCGCCGACCGGACGCACCCGGCGGCGGUCCCGGAGGUCUGAUAGUGGAUGGUACCGGCAAUUCACUAACGGUUGGUGGCGGUUCGGUCUCGCAGCUGACACCCAACGCGCUAUCAUCCGCCACAUCCACAUCGUCGUCUUCGUCGCCGUCGUCUGUUACAUCUGCUAGCAAUCUGGCAGGGCUCGGUGGAGCCUCGGCGCAACCACCGCCUCCUGGCUCGGUUACCAGUCAUCAAGCAGGUACCGCAUCAUCAUCCACCACAUCCCUCAAUGCCGCCACCAACAAUGCCGCUACUGCGCCAUUAAGCAAGUGAUGUACUGAAUAAUACUACUUUUAAAUUCAUCCUCCUUCGGUCGUAUCCUUAGAAUCCUACUACUAAUUUUCCCCGUGUUCCAUUAGGAUCCAGAAUAUCGAAAAUCCUGUCCCAUGCGUUUACACACUCACCAGCUCACAUCCAUCUGCUUACAAUUCUGUUUCCGGACACGUAACACACCCACACACUUACAUUCAGUUGAUAAGCAUAAUAUCAGCACGCAUUGAUUCCGCUAGGAUCCCAAACAAUACAAAACAACCUGUUCGCUUUCGGUGGCCACACAGGGAAAGCGAGCGUAGUGUUUGCAAAGUCAUGCGUAACAUCAUCCUUAGUAAAAAAUAAAAGUUAAGAAAUUGUUAUAAGAUUUACCCUGCCGUUCUACUGACAGUUGUCCCAUGUUUAUUGGAAAUUUCGCAGGAACUAGGACACCUCUGCGUUAAACGGCAGUAUAAAAAGAAAAAAUCAGUUGUACGCUAACGAAAACAAAAAAAAAACAAUAUUACAAUCCUUUUAUACAGAAAGAGCGAAAAGUAGAUACGAAUCGGAUAACAACCAAACAAAACAUGGUGUGGAAAUGGAAAACGUAUGAAUUUAACGAACAAAUAACUCACCUGCUGCUAAAACAGUUGUGUAGCGAAAAAAAAACAAAGCAAAAGAUGUGGCGAACUAAUUCUUUUUUAAACUCAUCCACAUUAAACGAACAUAACACAGUCGGAAAUCGAAUGCUAAGCCGUGCCGAAAUUAGUCCAAAAUAACAUAUAGCGGCAGCGUUCAGCUCUAGGGUGCUCUUCGGAGGUCAACCAAUUCUUUCCUCUCUCACACAGUUGUGCACACAGAGACAAGCGCAGCUACAGUGAAGAAAUCUUUCAUACGAAUCCAACAUUUUACAAUAGGUAACUCAAGUGUCAACGUAAUUAAAGAAAGAAAGUAACAAUUUUAGCCUACCACACAACCACCAAAAUACAGAACUAAUAAGUAAGGGUUAAAAUUCUCGCAUACCGUCAAAUUCACAUCUACCAGCCAACGACACUCUCAUCAGAUCAAUCAUGUUAACUAAUCGAAUUCGUGAUUUUGGUUCAAUUUUCCGUAUUUUUCAAAAAAUCCAUUCAAAAUGUGAAUAACCUAUUCGGGCGUUACUUCCAUCCAACUGUUUAGGGAUAGCUGCUGCUCGCUUGAAUAACUCGUAUUUUCUUUUAAUCGGAACCCACUGCGCUUUAAACAGAGUACCGCAAAGAUCUACGGGCCACAGUGGAACUGUUUAUGUUGCUAUGAAAUUCCUAUUCAAACUUCAGCUUUAGCAACAAAACUCAACAGGAAAAUGGUUUAAAAUUUUAAAUAGCAAAUUUUAUCAUUCGCACACGUAGUCGACUUCAAAUGUGCUACAAUGGGGAGUAGAGAAUUAAACUUCCAAGUGGUAAACAAUAAAACCGAAUAAAGAGAUAACUUCAUUAGGGCUUCAGCCAGAAUGUAAAAAAUUGAAGGAGAGUCUUUCUCCGCCAAACUAACAUAGGAAGACAAAAUCUUACUUAGUAUGUUUACCUUUUUUUCUGAGAUCCUCAAUAAAUUCUGUACGACCUGCAUAUUAACUGAAACUGACUGUAUGAGCGGAAUUCCGAAGUUGGUGUUUGUUCCUCACCCAAUUUGUGUGUCUUUUGUUGAAUAAUUUUCCUGAUCGUGGACGUAGUAAAAAAUAUGUAAACUAAAGCAAAGUAAUCAUCGCACCUUUUCAUACUUCCGACCUUCAUAUUAAGUACUAAAUUUCAUAAGCAAAUCAGAUCCAUAGCCAAAAAAGCGAAUAAGUGCGGUGAUAAGCCGCAUCUAAAAUAACCCACUACUAGGACUUAAAACUAAGCUAAAUUUGAAAACAAAAAGUGCUAAGAAAUAAACGGGAAGCGAGAGAGUGUAACCACGCGUAACAGUUAUGGUAAAAAUGCUGAUAGUGAAACAAAACACCUUCAUUCUCCCAACUCUAAAAAAAAAGAGAAAACUAAAAUAGAAAAAAAAUCGAUAAAGCUGGCGACAGAAAUGAUUAGUUGUACACAGGCAGCAAAACAACAAAAAAAUGCGAUCGGGAGCGUAAAAAUAAUAAUUCUGAUAGAAUUUACACAAACACACAUACACUCACUUAGAUUCACUAAUUCAUUCAUAUGCAUGCUGACAUACUAACGAAAACACAUAUUCCAAACCGAGAAAUAAAAACCAUCAAAACAUUCAAAUAAGCGGCAGAGAAGAAGGAAAUUGAACAAAAAAAAAAACAAUUAGCUGAGACAAACACAAAACACCCACACACAAAAAAUGUAUUUGUUGUAGUUAUAUUAAAAUAAAAUCAUUAUUGCUAUACACGGUACACAAACAAAUAAAAAGUAAAUUUGUAGUUUGAGGAUGCACGCGAGCAACAAAACAAUAGGCGAUUGGUGUGAAUGUGGAACAAAAGCGAACACGAGAGUGAUGCCACAGAAAAAAAAAAAACAGAAAAAACAUAUGUGUUGGUAGUAGUGUUUGGUACACACGUAGAAAUCAAUAUAAAUAUAUAUUUUCAGAAGUCACCUGAGCCACACAUACACACACACCUGUGCAUUCAUUAACUUAAAUCAACUAACGCGCGAGUCGACAUAGGCCUUGUUCAAAGUCGUCAGAUAAUAGCAAACCAAUAUUAUUAUAGUUUGUCGUUUUUGCUUGUCAUGAAAACACGCAAUCAAAUUUUUGCAGUCAGCAUCAUACAACUGGAAAUACGCGUCAUUCUUCCAUGGGGUGGGCGAGAUAGCAAUUUAGGGGAAAGGAGGAAGGAAAGUUUUCCUUUAAUUUUAUCAUGUGCGCCUGCUUUGUUCGAUAGGGUCACAUUUAGACUUGUAAAUGUAUCAAAUUAGCAUGCAAUCAGAUUGUUAUGGUUGUGUGCGUGAGAUACGAUUGUACGAUUCAAAAGUGCGAGAGGGGAUGCGCUGUUUUAGUGUUAGGCAAACAAACAAAACUUAGGGGGGAGAGUAAACAAACAUUUUGUGUUAGCGUGGUUGACAGACAAGAAUCAGAUGUAGAAUUCACCUGUGGAAGUAAAAAAAAAAACAAAAGAUAGGCAGCCGUAACUAUUGCUAAACAAUUAAAAAAAAGAACUGUGCUUCAAUACUAUCUAGAACAAGAAUCCUGGUGCUUAGUGGACUAGGAUUUGCCUACUUAAGAGACAAACAAAACAAAAGGAUGGACAGCUGAAAGAUGAACCUAAAGAUAAUGUGGAAAGUCAAAAUACUAUUUGGGUCGACGCGAGAAAAAUUACACCAACACACACACAGUCACUAAACAUACAAACAAUAGUAGCGCUCCACAACACUAGUCGAAAUAAUGAAAUGAAGAGAGUAAGAAGCAAAAAACUUGCUAAUACGUUACAGGAAAUAAAACAGAAAAGUUCGCUUGAAUUACGAAGUCGUUAACGUUCAUUUUGUUCAAUCGUCAUAUGAUCUAUUAUUUGAGAUAAAUUUCUCUUUACCCGUCCCUCGAAUGAUGAAAUUUUGGGAACCAAAGUGCAAUCCGGCCAGACAAGAUGAUGUUGCUCAAUACCGUUUUUUUUUAAUUCUCAAUUAAGUCUUUUCUUCUUAGGAAAGUAUCAAAAUUAUCACUGAACCGGGUUUUGUUGUGUCGAUUAUUCUUCUGAUCCAGUCGAAGAUUUUUCGUUCAGCCAUUGGUGGCACUAGUGAACGUUCAUUUUCUGUUUCUUUUAAAAAAUGAUAACCUCAGCAAAAUGUGCGAAAAAAAUUAACCGUUGCACUCUAAUGAAUGACCGAGCAUGCGGGGCAAAGAGGACAACAGAGUGUGAAUACGAGGACAGGUAAAAUCAGGAAUAAAGCGAACGAAGAGCGAUAUGAAAAGAGAUGCAAGAUAUCAAGGAACUGCCAGCACUGAUUGAGCUAAACAUGUUGUACAGUAAGAACAGAUCUUUUUUUUUCUGGCGAGUAUAAUAUGAGAGAAACCAGCAAACUUCACUGUGGUGAGUGACAAAAAGAAACAGUGUACAGUGAAGUUUCAUGCAUCAGCAAGCAAAUCAAUAAGCAAAAUGAAGAAGUGAAAAGUCCGAGAAUGAAGGCAAGUAAAUAAUAAAUUAUUAUUCUUUUGUAUUAUAUAAUUAUAAAAGGAAACAAACGUGACAGAGAAACACACUGCAUACAUCCAUUUAGGAAAAGAGUGUUGUCAAAGGGAUAAGGAAAGCAAGUAACCAUAUUGCGAGAAAGAGAAUGAGUUAUGAACUAAGUAAACACUUCGAGGAAUCCGAAAAAGAAACAAAAAAAAAAUACAAGGAUGAGAAAAUACUAAAAAAAAAAAACAAAAUAAUAAUGAAAAAUAAAAUGUUAGUAAAACUAAAGUGUUUAAAAAGUAAUGAAAUAAUAUUAUAUAUAAAUAUUAAAAACAAAAACUAUAUAAGGAAUAAAACUAUAUGAAACAAAUGAGAAAAA